UUAUAGAGGGCAGGUGCAGACAAAAUGGCCGACAUUAUUAAUCCUUUAAACAUAAUGAUGAUAAUCUGCUCUGUGAAAAUUAUCUGUAUGAUCGGUGCAUACUUAUUUUAAGCUUUUAUUAAAUAAAUUUAAAAAAAGAACAAUUCAUCUACUUUUUUAACGUGUUAUUACACACAGCUCAUCUGUGGAGGUCAAUUAUCAUCACAGGGCUUCAGGGCCAUUGAUUCAUACUGAAAAUGUAUGACACGCCAAUGAGCCUUCAGAGCUGCUGUGUAGAUUUCAUUUGUGAUAAUCUGACUGCUUUGUGUGAGGUGCAGCCUGCUGCCCACUCUGAUUUUAAACAGACUAAGAUGGUUUUUAAGGAUCCAGAAACAUGUUUCCAUGCCAAUCUUUCUGAUCAACUCUUAUCAACCUUGAGUGAAAAAGGAAAACUAAAUGACGAGUCUCUUUCUCUGUUCGAUCCCAGUGUCACUGCUCUGCGGCACGUAAAUAUUCAUAAUGCCCCAGUCACUAGUCGAGGCUUGCGAAUUCUAAAAGGUCACAGGGUGUCACAGUUAGAAAUAACUGGCAUUAAAGAGGUGACAGUCAAUGAUAUCAUUGGUUGUUUGGGGGAGUGGACUCUGUCUAAUCUCAGGUUAUUAAAUGUGAGUAGAAACACUUUUCUAAAUAACUCAAAGUUCUGUGUGGUUGUCUCCCUUUCCAAGUUAAGGAAUCUGCAUACAUUAAAUGUCAGUUCUACUGAAUUCAAUCGGCAUGGACUUGAAAUUAUAGCUGAGGAUUUACCUUGUCUUGAAGUCCUAGACAUUUCAUCCACAGAAAUUAAUGAUAUAUCUCCACUUAAGAAGUGCAAGAAUCGAUUGAAAUCAUUGAGUAUGUACAAUUUACAGCUACACAGAAACUCUGAUCCAAUAGGAGUUGUAAGUGAACUGAUUCAUUUAGUGCAUUUAGAUGUGUCCAAUGAGGCCACCAGGGAAUCUAUUAUCACUUCUGUGGCCACUGAGCGUUUCCAAGUGCCAGAAUAUUUAUCUAGAUGUGAUGCUAAUCCAAAUUUAGUCUCUUUGGAUAUAUCUGGAUCAGCUGAUGUUGCCCCCUGUGUUGUGGAAUCAUUUUUAGAUCGGCACAAAAAGUUGAAUUUCCUUGGCUUGGCAUUAACAUCAAUAUCUGAAUAUGAAAUGUUUCAACCAGAGAGCAGCUGGUUACGCAAUCGACCAGAUUUAAAGAUUUCAGGAGAGUACACAGAGUCUCAGAUAAUAGAAUCCUUACGUCGUUAUUUGCCAAGAAGUGCAUACAUGCAGAAAGCAUUGUUCAAACUUUUUAACUUAUCACAAGGUACAGAAGAACCACGAGAAGACAUUAUAAAGCUUGUCUUGCCAGCAAUGAAAAGUCAUCCCAAAUUGCUUUCUGUCCAAAUGGCUGCCACUGCUUGCCUGUAUAACUUAACCAGAGGAGAUGUUGGGAUCAAGAUUCAUUCAGUUCUAUUAUCUAAAUGUGUAGACCUCACAUUGACAGCCAUGGAAAAUUUUCCUAAUCACCAGCAGCUACAAAAAAAUGCUCUACUGACAAUUUGCAGUGACAGGAUAUUACAAGAAGUGAACUUUGACCGGUUCAGAUGCUCAAGAUUAGUCAUGGAAUGUAUGUGUCAGUUUGAUGAUGCUUCAAUGAAUCGGAUGUCAGUAGCCAUCUGUUCUAUACUAGCUGCAAAGAUUUCAACGGAACAGACAACAAUUCUUGGUGCCAAAGCUCGCUAUAUGAAGAAAUUAUUAAUGUUGGUAGAAGAAAGGCUUGUGAUAAGGGAGCUUGAUAUUACUCUGAGGUUUACACUUAGUGCUCUGUGGAAUCUUACAGAUGAAGCACCAUCCACAUGUAACGUGUUCUUGACAGAAGGAGGACUGGAAUUGUUUAUUAAACUUCUACAACUAACUGAUGGAGAAGAAACAGAAAGUCAUGUUCAAGUGGAAACCAAAAUUCUUGGUUUGUUGAACAACAUUGCUGAAGUCAAAGCACUAAGAUAUAAAUUAAUGAGAGAAGAUUUCAUAAUGUUAAUAAAGCACAUGUUACAUGGGGAACACAUAGAUGUCAGUUAUUUUGCAGCUGGAAUACUAGCUCACUUAUGUAGUGAUGGAGAUGAAGCUUGGAGAAGUAUAGCAGGUCUUGACAGAUAUGAUAUUCUAGAGGAAUUGAAAACUGUUGUAUCUAGUUGGGAUCAGCCUAAAGCAGAAAUGGUGGCUUAUAGGUCUUUCAGUCCAUUUUUUCCUCUUCUACAAAGUGAAGACACUCCAAUACAGUUGUGGGCUGUCUGGGCCAUUCACCAUGUUUGUUCCAAAAAUGGUAAGCGUUAUCUGACCUUGUUAAGUAAUGAAGGUGGUCAUGAACACAUUCAGAGACUUAUGACAUCUAGAACAGUUGACCCCAAGGUAAUGACCAUCUGUCAAGAAAUUAUGGAUAAGCUUGAAGAAUGCAAGGGCAAACCAGUAAGAUACUGUCAAGAAAUGGAGUUUUGAAUGUUCUUAUUUUAGCAUUUAAUGAGAGACUACUUUGUUAACUCAUGUUUGAUUGUCAAAUCAGAAAUAUUUUAUUGGACAUAAUGUAGUGCAUGCUCUGUUUAUUUAGCAUAAACAUUUAUCAAUAAACACAUGCUCUGUUUAUUUAACAUAAACAUCUAUCAAUAAACACAUGCUCUGUUUAUUUAACAUUAAAUAUUGUUCCAAAGAGCUAUUACUUUUUCUGUUUUUAUUUAAAUUUUUUUUUAUUUUGUAUUUGUAUAUUAUUUCUCUCAAAAUAAAUAUUUAAAAAAAAAAAAUUUCACUAUAAGAUGAGAGAUGGACACUAAAUGAUAACUACAUUUUGUGUUCAAUAGAUUGAUAUUCAUGAAAUCUCAAAAUGUAACUUUUUUUUCCUGAAGUUUGUGGUGUUGCAAGAAUCAAGUACUAAGAUAAAUAAAUGUAAUGUUUGCUGUAGACUUUGAGGGUUUUGUCAGACAGUGUACAAGGAAAGACUGCCUACAGGAGGAAUUAUUUCUUAUGACUAAUUUUAUUACAUUCAAAUGUAUAUAAACUGUCAGAGUUGGGGCCCACUUUAAUUUUUUUUUUUUUUUUUUGUGGUUUUCAAGAAAAUAUUUUUUUUUUUUGAAAGGAGUAUUUUGUCUCCAGCUUUUGUUCUUCUCUACUUCUAGCCAUCCAAAUGUAGAGAAACAAGAAUGUUCUUUCUUGUGGAAUAUUUGGUAGUGUCAUUCUAGCCAUCCAAAUGUAGAGAAACAAGAAUGCUCUUUCUUGUGGAAUAUUUGGUAGUGUCAUUCUAGCCAUCCAAAUGUAGAAAAACAAGAAUGUUCUUUCUUGUGGAAUAUUUGGUAGUGUCAUUCUAGCCAUCCAAAUGUAGAGAAACAAGAAUGUUCUUUCUUGUGGAAUAUUUGGUAGUGCAGAAAUGUUUUGAAGUCUUCAUUUGAAUCUUGUAUUGGGAGAUUGUGCUGAUAAAUAGAAUGAUUUACUGAUAUAAAUGAACUUAGGUAGGAAACUCUCAUUAGACUAAAUAACAUUGCUAUGUUUAAGCCAGUUGAGUAAAUAUUUUUAAGGACUUUUGAUAAAAAACAAACUUCUUGACAGUUGGAGUUUGAAAUGUGUAUGCACAAGUCCUGUAGAUACAUGAAGUGAAGCAAUAAACCAAAUUAGUUUUGUGACUUGAUGUAAUUUUGCUGUGGUUUGAAAAAUAUAAACUGUAUAAUUUAUUUUCAUGCAAAAUAAAAAAUGGCACCAGUGAGAGUUGGUAUGAAUGUUCUCACUUGUAUAAUAGAUGUAUAAUCGAUGUAUAGUCUUCUUUGGAGAAACUUUAUUUCCUGACCAUAAUCUACUCACAACACCAAGCCCUUCAAAACUUGUGUACCUCCUACUUAAAAUGUGAGGAAAUAUGGUGUUUCACUGUUAACAUUAGUCCUAAGAUAAAGUCAUCCAGCAUAACUAGAGAGACAUGUGAUGUGCAAUUUUUAUAAUAUUUUUUUUUUCAUUCAUAACUAUUAUAAUAUCAUCAUUCAAAACAUGGAACAGUGUGGCAAAACAAAUUUUAUAACAGGGUAAUGGUGAAUGUAAUUGUUUCCUGUGUACAUAAUUAAAAGCCUAAAAACAGAAAGUGGUUUAACUACCAAAUGAACUUGUAUAGCUCAAGAAUUGUCUUGUAAAUAGAGCUAUCUAGAUUUGUUCAACUUUUUUUACUUUGGUUUCUUAACUUCAUUGUAGUGGUAUCAGUAGUCACAUGAAUAAUCAAUCCUUUUUUUUUUAAUUUGGCUCUGUCAUCAUUGUUAGGAGUUCAGUUCCAGAGUACACCUGUGAUCUUUUGGAAUAACAAGAUAGUUCAAGGUCAUCUUGUUUCUGUUUAGGUAUUGCAAUGUUCCACUCUUACAUAUCUUUUCAUUAUUCUAAAUGUAAAUUGUAAUCAUGUUCUAAUGGUUUCAAAGUUUUAAUUGAUUUUAUUUAGUUCAAGAAAAUUGUAUUUGUUUUUAAACUAUUAUUGUACAAAUAUUUGUAAGAAUCCAUUUCUUGAUGAAGGCAUCAAUUAGUCUGUGAUUUCUUUGUCCAACAACUGUAUAUGAUGUGUACACUCAAAUAAAUAUCUUUGUCAUUU